AUGGGGCCACCAGGGACGGGGCCACCAGGGAUGGGGCCACCAGGGACGGGGCCACCGGGGAUGGAGCCACCAGGGACGGGGCCACCGGGGACGGGGCCACCGGGGAUGGAGCCACCAGGGACGGGGACACCAGGGAUGGGGACACCAGGGACGGGGCCACCGGGGACGGGGCCACCGGGGAUGGAGCCACCAGGGACGGGGCCACCAGGGAUGGAGCCACCAGGGACGGGGCCACCGGGGACGGGGCCACCGGGGACGGGGACACCAGGGACGGGGCCACCGGGGAUGGAGCCACCAGGGACGGGGCCACCGGGGACGGGGCCACCGGGGAUGGAGCCACCAGGGACGGGGCCACCAGGGAUGGAGCCACCAGGGACGGGGACACCAGGGAUGGGGCCACCAGGGAUGGAGCCACCAGGGACGGGGCCACCGGGGAUGGAGCCACCAGGGACGGGGCCACCGGGGACGGGGCCACCGGGGAUGGAGCCACCAGGGACGGGGCCACCAGGGAUGGAGCCACCAGGGAUGGAGCCACCAGGGACGGAGCCACCAGGGACGGGGACACCAGGGAUGGGGCCACCAGGGAUGGAGCCACCAGGGACGGGGCCAGCAGGGACGGGGACACCGGGGAUGGGGCCACCGGGGACGGGGCCACCGGGGAUGGAGCCACCAGGGACGGGGCCACCAGGGACGGGGACACCAGGGACGGAGCCACCAGGGAUGGAGCCACCAGGGACGGGGCCACCAGGGAUGGGGCCACCAGGGACGGAGCCACCAGGGAUGGAGCCACCAGGGACGGGGACACCAGGGAUGGGGCCACCAGGGAUGGAGCCACCAGGGACGGGGCCAGCAGGGACGGGGCCACCAGGGACGGGGCCACCGGGGAUGGAGCCACCAGGGACGGGGCCACCAGGGAUGGGGCCACCAGGGACGGAGCCACCAGGGAUGGAGCCACCAGGGACGGGGACACCAGGGACGGAGCCACCAGGGACGGGGCCACCAGGGACGGGGACACCAGGGACGGGGCCACCGGGGAUGGAGCCACCAGGGACGGGGACACCAGGGAUGGGGCCACCGGGGAUGGAGCCACCAGGGACGGGGGACGGGGACACCAGGGACGGGGACACCAGGGAUGGGGACACCAGGGAUGGAGCCACCAGGGACGGGGACACCAGGGACGGGGCCACCAGGGAUGGAGCCACCAGGGAUGGGGCCACCAGGGACGGGGACACCAGGGAUGGAGCCACCAGGGACGGGGACACCAGGGAUGGGGCCACCAGGGAUGGAGCCACCAGGGACGGGGCCACCGGGGACGGGGCCACCGGGGAUGGAGCCACCAGGGACGGGGCCACCAGGGACGGGGACACCAGGGACGGGGCCACCAGGGACGGAGCCACCGGGGACGGGGACACCGGGGAUGGGCCACCAGGGACGGAGCCACCGGGGAUGGAGCCACCAGGGAUGGAGCCACCAGGGACGGGGCCACCAGGGACGGGGCCACCCGGGAUGGGGCCACCAGGGACGGGGCCACCAGGGAUGGGGCCACCAGGGAUGGAGCCACCAGGGAUGGGGCCACCAGGGACGGGGACACCAGGGACAGGGCCACCAGGGACGGAGCCACCGGGGAUGGAGCCACCAGGGACGGGGCCACCAGGGACGGGAACACCAGGGAUGGAGCCACCAGGGACGGGGCCACCAGGGACGGAGCCACCAGGGAUGGGGCCACCAGGGACGGGGCCACCAGGGAUGGAGCCACCAGGGAUGGGGCCACCAGGGAUGGAGCCACCAGGGAUGGGGCCACCAGGGACGGGGCCACCAGGGAUGGAG